CUAAAUGAUGAAAAUUCCGCGAUUAUGCCUUUCUCAAAAUCAUAUUUCCGCUUCAUACGUAAGCUAAUUUGUGAAUUUGUGAGGCUGUUUUUUGGUCUGUUUCUUUUUAAACCAUUUGUUCUUAAUUUUCAGAAAAGGUGCAAAUUUUCCCCUUCACCCUCAUCAAAUACCCUAAGGAAAUGGGUUUCCAUCCAUGGUCAAGUAUACGAAACAGACUCCUGGUUUAAUGUUUCUCCCAAAAUUCUUGACCUCAUUUCACGAAAUCUACACAAUCAAGAAUAUCAUCCACUGUGGCUGCUCAAACGUCGGAUCACGGAGUUUAUACACAAGCGUUCAUCCCAUCAGAAGGACGAGGGAAUCGGCACUUCUCAUCCUCUCUUUUCCGUGCAUGAUUUCCUCAGUCCAGUUGUGUCUUCGUUCCAGAACUUUGACAGCCUUCUCGUUACUCCCGACCAUGUAAGUCGUCGACCAACAGACACUUACUACAUCAAUGAACACACUGUGCUUCGUAGCCACACAUCUGCGCACGAGAUGGAACUUAUAAAGUCGGGCCUUAACGCUUUCGUCACCGUUGGUGACGUUUACCGUCGAGACGACAUCGAUGCUCUGCACUAUCCUGCAUUUCACCAAUUGGAAGGUGUUCGCCUUUUCACUGCAAAGGAGCUGUUCAAAGAAGCAGUGGAUCCCAGUAAAUGUCUUAACCUCUUUGAGCAUUUGCCGCCGAAGGUCUUGCAAUCUCUCUCCAGUGCUGUACCCUCUUCUGAACUUCCUCCUGGCAGGCAACCUCGUCAUACCCUCGAAGCCGCUUAUUGUGUUGAGUUUCAACUAAAAUCCGUUUUGGAGGAGCUUGCCAUCAAUCUAUUCGGGAAGAAUGUCCCAAUGCGGUGGGUACCGGCGUAUUUUCCUUUCACACAUCCCUCGUGGGAGUUGGAAAUCCAGACAGGUGUGAUGACGGGCACCGCUUCCGAUGGCUGGACAGAGAUGCUAGGUUGCGGCAUUCUGCGUCAGGAGAUUCUCGACCACAGCGGAGUUACAAAUAGGGUGGGCUACGCGUUCGGACUGGGACUCGAGCGGUGGGCCAUGAAGCUAUACAGUAUUCCGGACAUCCGUCUAUUCUGGUCCAAGGAUCCGGGCUUUUUGCAUCAAUUUAAAGUGGAGAGCAUUAACGAUCCCAUCAUCUACAAGCCAGUGAGUGUCUACCCGCCUUGCAUCCUGGACAUCUCCUUCUGGCUGCCCCGUGUCGCGUCUGAUCAUCAUCUGGAGUUUGAGCGUGACUUCCUCGAACUUGUCAGAGGUGCGGCCAAUGAUCUUGUCGAACAGGUGACACAGGUUGACAGAUUUGUGGACAAGGCGAAUGACCGAGUGAGCUGUUGCUAUCGCAUUGCUUACAGAGAUCACAGCCGUACUCUCACCAUGCAGGAG